GGGGGCGCAUCCCGUAACGGGACGGGACAGGCUGUGGGCGGGUGCGGCACCGGCAGCUCCCACCGCACACCAAGCGCUGUCCGCCGGGGCGGCUGAGGACACCGGGGCAGGGACCACCGAGGCCCGGAGGAGCCCCGCGAGCCGUGCCCGGUGUCGCCCAGGCGGGGCAGGCAGGCGGGGCGCCUCCCGGGCCGCCCGGGCGCGGGCAGCAGCUGAGGGCAGCCCCUUCGGUUGCGCUACCCGCGCAGGCGCGGCGCCCGGCGCAUGCGGGAGGGGGGCGACGGCGAGGAGCGGAAUCCGCCGCCCGGCGCCGUCGGUUGGUUUCCGUGCAGGCCCCGCCGCCAUUUUCUCGCAGCCCGCCCGUGCUCGUCGGCCGCGCGGCUCCGCGCUUCGUCCUGCUCGGCGAUGGACGGCAUUGUCACUGAUGUUGCAGUUGGUGUGAAGAGAGGAUCUGACGAACUUCUUUCAGGCAGUGUACUCAAUAGCCCGAACUCUAACAUGAGCAGCAUGGUAGUUACUGCCAAUGGUAAUGACAACAAGAAAUUCAAAGGUGACGAUAAAAUGGAUGGGGCUCCGUCUCGUGUUCUUCAUAUCAGAAAAUUGCCUGGGGAAGUAACAGAAACAGAAGUCAUUGCUUUAGGUUUACCUUUUGGUAAGGUAACCAACAUCCUGAUGCUGAAAGGGAAAAAUCAGGCUUUUUUGGAACUUGCUACAGAAGAAGCAGCUAUCACUAUGGUGAAUUACUACUCUGCUGUGACACCUCAUCUUCGUAACCAACCUAUCUAUAUCCAGUAUUCCAAUCAUAAAGAACUAAAGACUGAUAACACAUUGAACCAGCGGGCCCAAGCUGUUCUUCAAGCAGUGACAGCCGUGCAGGCAACAAAUGCUCCCAUAAGUGGGACCACUGUGAGUGAGAGUGCAGUGACUCCAGCUCAGAGUCCGGUACUUAGAAUAAUUAUUGACAACAUGUACUAUCCCGUAACUCUGGAUGUGCUUCAUCAGAUAUUCUCUAAAUUUGGUGCUGUAUUGAAGAUAAUCACAUUCACAAAGAAUAACCAGUUUCAAGCGUUACUGCAGUAUGGUGAUCCAGUGAAUGCACAGCAAGCAAAACUAGCCCUAGAUGGUCAGAAUAUUUAUAAUGCUUGCUGUACGCUGCGGAUUGAUUUUUCCAAAUUGGUGAAUUUGAAUGUCAAGUACAACAACGAUAAAAGCAGAGACUACACUCGUCCCGAUCUUCCAUCUGGUGAUGGACAACCAGCUCUGGACCCAGCUAUUGCUGCAGCAUUUGCAAAGGAGACCUCCCUUUUAGGGCUUCCUGUUGCAGCUGUUCCAGGAGCUCUGAGUCCUUUGGCUAUUCCAAAUGCUGCUGCUGCUGCAGCUGCUGCUGCUGCUGGCCGUGUGGGAAUGCCUGGAGUCUCAGCUGGUGGCAAUACAGUCCUCCUGGUUAGCAAUUUAAAUGAAGAGAUGGUUACGCCCCAAAGUCUGUUUACCCUCUUCGGUGUUUAUGGUGAUGUGCAGCGUGUGAAGAUUUUAUACAAUAAGAAAGACAGUGCUCUUAUACAGAUGGCUGAUGGAAACCAGUCGCAGCUGGCCAUGAGCCAUCUUAAUGGACAAAAAAUGUAUGGAAAGAUUAUUCGGGUUACCCUUUCUAAGCAUCAGACAGUACAACUACCUCGAGAGGGACUUGAUGACCAAGGGCUGACUAAAGAUUUUGGUAAUUCACCGCUGCAUCGCUUCAAGAAACCUGGUUCAAAAAACUUUCAGAAUAUAUUCCCUCCAUCUGCAACUCUUCAUCUGUCCAAUAUUCCACCAUCCGUAGCAGAAGAGGAUCUCCGCACACUGUUUGCUAACACUGGAGGCACUGUGAAAGCAUUUAAAUUUUUUCAAAGAGAUCACAAGAUGGCCCUUCUUCAGAUGUCAACAGUAGAAGAAGCUAUUCAGGCUUUGAUUGAUCUUCACAAUUACAAUCUUGGAGAAAAUCACCAUCUGAGAGUUUCUUUCUCCAAGUCAACUAUUUAAAAAGGCAGAUUGAAAAUGAGGGUGUAUUGCAUUGUUUGGUGUUGUCACCUAUUGACUGUUCAGGAGAGUGGGGACCAGAGUUUGUCUUCUAUUUUUGGAUUUUCUUUCAUGCUGUUAUCAUUCCUUGUUUGUUUAAAAAAUAAAAAUUAAAAAAAAUAAAAAUUAAAAAGCAGUGAUACUAACUGCUGUUGUCCAACUGUUGUUUAGAUAAAUCAUCAUUUUGUUUCAAAGAUUUCAAGUUAAUACCACAGUUUUUCAACUGAGUUGACAUACGUGCCUUAAAAGGGAAAACUAGUACUGCUGAAAUCGCGUAACUAGUAAAAAUGAAUUUGGUUGUCUGGGGCACACUGUUACAUGAUAAUUUCAAUAUGUUUAGGCAGGGGUGUGUAAAAAGGUUAAGCUUUUGUUUCUCCUGCUUGGAAUUGAUUUCUUUAUCUGCGGGCCUGUCACGUAUUUUUCUUUUUAAUUGGGUAAGAUGCAUUAUGCUGAAAGAAUAAAACAAUGUUAUUUGAUUUUGCAAUUUUUUGCUUUGUGCUUUUUUCAGAAAAAAAGAAAAGGCCUUUUGUAUUUCAUGGUUCUGGUCUAGAUUCAGUUAUGAAUGUAGGCAUUUGUUAAAAUUAACAAGGUACAGAAUAUUAAUUUUGUAAAGGACAAGAAGUGACUUCUGUGACUUUGAGCCCGAAGUGAAAAGCAUUAUAGAAUCUUAACCUUUUUGUACACACUCUUGUGGGAUGUAUCAUAUAAAUGUCAGCACUAAGUAAUGUCUUGUUUGUGGCUGAAUAUUUUUCGUAGAUGUUUUUGAAGUUGACAUGACUUAUGUGCAUUUAAAUAUAUAUUGCCAUCUUUAGUUUGUAAUUAAGAUAUGGAAUAUGGUUGUGGAUUUCUGAGCAUGUACAGACUGGUCAAGCUAGUUCAGGAAAUGGUGCAUGUAUUUUUCAAUGAUGAAGAAAGUUUUCUGCGAACACUUGCAGGAAAUUUUGUGGCAGUUUUCUAAAACUGACAACCAGGUGGGACCAAAGUUUAUGUGCCUUUAGUCUUAAUUUACCUUGCAUUGUAAUAUUCAGUUUUAAUAAAUCUCUUCAAAAUAUUUUGUAUUUAGAAAUUAAUCUGACUUUACUAUAAACAUGGCUCAGAAUCUACAGAUCCAGUUAAUUUGAAAGCAGUUCUCUGUCAAUCUGAACUGUUACCUUGAUUCUGUUUAAAUGACCAAUGCUUUUUGAAAUUGAUGUACUUAGUUUCAAGAUUCAUAGAUUCUGUUAUCUAUGUAGAGAAAAUGGUCAUGUAUAUUUUCUAUUAGUUGAGUUUUUACAUCUUUAGAAUUGUAAAAUUCAGUAUAGUUUGAAAGUGGCACAAUUAAAAAUUAAUUUUCUAACAAAGUCGGGAGGUUUGAUGGUUGUUUAAUUUCAUUUUGUGUGUACUCUGCUUACCUCUGUAGCAUGCUCAAUAAACACUUCUGUAGCUCUGUAUUCACCUUUUCUGUCUUUCUCUGCUGCUUUCUCUCUUUUCCUCCUACUCUUUGUUUUCCACUUCUACUGUGCUUCUAAAUUCAUGUUUAUUCUCUGUCAGGGUGGGAAAAGCAUAAUAUUAAUAAAUACAAUUUUAAGUCUUUUUACUGCAAAUCUGAUGCUGCAAAAAGUACCAGCUCGUUCAGAAACACAGCGAUCCUUUUGCAGGUGUAUAUUAAACGUUUCCCACCCUGUUAAAACUUACUGCUUUAAACACAUAACUUUUAUUGUAGUUUGUUAGCUUUCUCUUUCUAUCUUUUUAGUUUUUAAGCAGAUUUAUGCACUAAUGGAUCUCAGGUUUGCCCGCAGUUUCAUUUUUCUCUUGCUGCAGUUUCAUUUUUCUUUUUUGUCUGCUAAAGAUUUUCUACUAAUCAUACAGUAUCCUUACAGGUUAAAGUAUCAAAGUUGUGAGUUGAGCGGACCAUACAAUCUAGACCGGGAUAUUUCACCUUUUUAGAGACAUGGGUUCAAAUGAAUGUAAAAACAGUUUGGGCACUUUAAUAGUGUUUCAACAUCCAUGAUAUUUUGAAUUGUCGUUUAUUUUUCACUCUGUGAUUGUUUUUCCUCAAUUAGAAAUAGUAUUGAAACAUUUACACAGUCCCCUUUUAAGAAUAACUGUAUGACUGAAGCAUUACAGUGGUAAAAGCUAUCACAAUGUUCAAUUCAAAGCAGUUUUCUGUCACUUCUCCAAUAUACCUACUGUAGAUUUAUUGAUGUCUGAUUACUUUGUGACCCAGUGCUUGUUCUUUGAGUUGGCUUUGAAAUCAAUAAAUAGCUAUCAGCUAUUUAAAGGUCAUGGUUUAACUUAGGGGGCUUUCAUUAGACUUCACUGUGUGAAAUAAAUUUUAUUAAGUUCUUAUCUGCUUUAUCAGAAAUACACCCAAGAUCUGACUUAAAAGAUAUACUUCAUAUAUCAUAGUGGUUACUCAAUCUGAAAUACUAGCAAAAUAAGAUUCAUCCAUAUGUGAAACUCAUGAAUCAACAUCUUUUUUUUUUCAAGACUCAGACACCAAAAGGCAUCGAUGUGACUAUCUCACAAUUGCCUUGAACAGUAGUUAUGGAUCUGACUGAGCUGCUCUCUCAAGCUUUUCAUCUAUGUAGUGUGGUGUUCCGUAUUUUUUAAAGUAAAAAUGUGUCAGAUUUCAGAAUGUGCUUGCAUGUUUCAAACAGAAGUGUGAAUCGAAGUUUACUGUUCUUUGGGUGGGUUCAGCUUUCUUUGGGUGGAUUCAGCUUGUGCUGAACUAUUUCUACUCUGAAACAUCUGUAUCAGAUAGCAUUUAGUGAUUGCCAUAUGUACAAUGUUGAGAUAACUUCAAGUAUCUGCAGUGCUUGAGUGUUUACAAAUAGAGGGGUUUUUAUAACUUUAAUUCAUUCCUCUUGCCAGGCCUAUUUCCUUAAUUUUUAGGUUUCUAUACUUCUCUCAGUUUGAAAAGCUCUGUGGAAAAACAUUUCAAGGGAAAGAAUGUAUAUUGAAAUUGUUAUAAACUAAGCAACUUUUAUUAAGAGCGUAUAUUUGUAUCAGUCACAAUUAAAAGCAAUGAUAGUCAUAAA